AUGGAGUUCACAGGUAGCAGUUACACUGGAGCCUUCAAGAAUGGCAGGUAAAUGAAUAACUAUUUUUCCAAUAGAAAUGUUGCAAACCGCCCUACGUGUCAUGUGACAUAACGUUAGCUCGCUAACGCGUUAGUAGUAAUGGGUAGCUAGCUAGCUUGCAACAGUUCUGGCACAAGUUGAAAUCCAUUGUCGUUCUCAUCUCACCACUGGUGAAUUAGCAAUGCCCUUUGCUCUGUUCCUCAGGAUGGAGGGAGAAGGAGAGUAUAAGUUCCCCACAGAGACAAGAUAUGUUGGGGAGAUGAAGGAUGGCAUGUUCCAUGGAAAAGGUGUUCUCUAUUUUCCAAAUGGAAGCAAAUAUGAAGGAACUUGGGAUAAAGGCAUAUCCAAACAGGUGUGUAGCAUACUUUCUGUGAUUGUGUGAUUGUGUGUGUGUGUGUGUGUGUGUGUGUACACACCUCCAUGCCUGUGUAGGUCUAUGUGUGUGUGUUUCACAUUGGCUAUAGUGGACAUUACAUCUGGUCCCCUUUAGCAAUCAUUCACUUUCAUUGUCGCAGUUAUUCAGUUUCUAUACCUCUCCUCCAACAUGUGCUCUCUGCAUGUUCCACACAGGAAAGACAUUCCUUUUUGGUCAACCAUUCAUUCAUGCGUAUCUCAGCCCUAAUAGUAACCAGUUCAAUUAUUAUCAUGAUUACUGUGGUCCAUUAGAUAUGAUCUAGGUUUAGCAAGCCCAUGACCAAACACACCUCACUCCCAGCCAGCUCAGACCUCUCUUUGUAAUAUGGAACAUAGACCUCUCAACAAAUGAUGCACGAUUAAAAGACCAUUCAACCAUAUUGACAUACUUAGUUAGACCUAUGCUGUGGUGAAAUGUAAUUCCCCAAUCCAAACAGAAUUGAAGUGGUGAAAAGUUUGUCUAUGUUUUUUGCCUAAUAUCCCUUUUUUGCCGUUAGAUACAAGUUUCAAGUUUACGACUAAAUAAAGACAGUUUGUUACAGGAUACUACAGUGUUUCAUCACUGAAACCACAAAGUGUUUAAUCCACAGGGAAAGUAUACCUUCUCUGAUGGGCUGGAGUACCAGGGGAAGGACUGGGAGUUCUGUGAUGGUUAUGACAGACAGUUCUACACUGAGAGGUGCAAUGGACUCAAACCUGCAGGUAAAACAUUCACUUAUUUUUCUGUGAAAAUCUACCUUUUUUACAAACAGACUAAAUCCUCAAAUCCUGAAGUAUUAGGAUAAUAAUCUAUUCAGUCUCUAUACCAUAGCAAUGGAAUAUAACAUAUAAUCUCAAUGGGUUUUACCACAAUCUGUCUUUUUUUUCUUCAAAUUCAGUCACAUUGCUUUUUGUUGUUUGUCUCAAGACUUGAUCAGUCACUGACUCUCUGUCUAUCUGUCCUGGCAGGGGAGUCUCAGCUGACAGACCUGGACCCGCCGCGUGUCAUCCCAGAUGGCUGCUAUGACUGUGGGGACGGCUUCUACGACCCCAACACCAGGGUCAUCACUGACUAUGAGCAUGACUUCCUGAGGAACGCAGGUGAGCGGAGACUGUUGGAGCUCACGUCAAGGGUUUUGACACAGAGAGAGUGA